AAAUUGGUCAGUACGCCAACCUCGACAUCACUCAACGUACUGAAAGCCUUGGUAAUCGUCGCAUUCGAAGCACGUUGCUGGUUUCGACGUCUUCCCAGCAGCCAUGUUUACUGAACAAAGUCAAUCGCGUUGUUGAUUAUGGGCCUACAACUGGAAUACUAAUCAUUCCGGGGAUGCGGACAACCGUUAAGACUUCGCUUUUGCCCAUCUAAUCCCUCGGUAAGUGCUAGCAAUUGUCUCGUCGAAUCUCUACUGUUGCUGUAGCCGCUGAUAGAAUGUCCGCUAUUCAUCAUACUUCGUACGUCUUUGUGGUUGGCGGUACUGGCGCCCAAGGCAUACCCGUCAUUCGCGGGCUGGUCAAAGACAAGAAAUACAAAUGCCGAGUUCUAACCCGUGACGUGAACUCUGCCAGGGCCAAAGAACUUGUCGCCUUGGGAAACGUUGAAUUGGUCGAAGGUUCUUUCGCCAGCGAAAACGACUUGCGAAACGGCUUCCGCGGCUGCGACGGUGCUUUUGUGAACAUCGAUGGUUUCAACUGCGGCGAAAAGACCGAGAUUUACUGGGCCAUAAGAAGCUACGAGCUUGCAUUGGAAGAGGGCGUCAAGUUCUACGUUUAUGGCAACCUCGACUACGUGUAUAAGAAGAGCGGCUAUGAUCCAAAAUUCCGAACCGGCCAUUACGACGGCAAGGGAAGAAUAGGAGAAUGGGUGCUCGCCCAAAAUCAGGUCAACAGUCAUCGGAUGGGCGUCGCAGUGUUCACUACCGGGCCGUACAUUGAAAUGUCGAUAGCUGCACACACCAUCUUUACACCAACAGUCGAAGAUGGGGUCGUUACCUGGCGUGUCCCUGUUGGGGAUGGUGCUGUUGUUCAUGUGUCAUUGGACGACUGCGAGUAUUAUGCCAGAUGGCUCUUCGACCACCCAGAGAGGUCGAACGGCAUGGACCUCGAAGUAGCCAUUGAUCAUAUUCACUACGCCGACCUUGCAAAGGCGUUUGAGAAGGUUACUGGACACCCAGCGAGAUACAUCGACACCGACAUGGAGACAUACUGGAAAGAAGGGAAUACCGCGACUGCUGCCAACUUACCAAGCGGGUACAAUUCAGAUCCCAAGGAUCCGUCCUUUAUGACCUUUAGACAGAAUUUCACUGGCUUCUUCAACAUGUGGACGUAUUCAGGCCGCAACCAAGGAGUCAUCCGUCGAGAUUACAAGCUGCUUGACGACAUCCAUCCGAACAGAAUCAGAAGCGCAGAGCAGUACUUCAGGGUUGAACAUGCACGCGGAAUUUCUGCAGGUUUGGGUAGCCUUUGGGAUCGCGUGCAAGAGAAGAACCUUCGGCCUGUUUUGAAGAUGGCAGAGGAUAGGAGAAGAGGUAAAUUGUAGACACACGAUAGAUCUGGCGACAUCUCAAAGAGCA